AUGUCCAUCUCUUCAGCUUCGAGCUCUGCCCCCCGUAUCCAAGUGUUCCGGCCGUCUAUGGAGGAAUUCAAAGAUUUUUCAAAGUAUAUCGCGACCAUAGAAUCGAAAGGAGCGCACAAGGCGGGGUUGGCCAAGAUCAUUCCUCCAGAAGGCUGGUGCCCUCGUAAAUCCGGGUACGACGACAUCGAUCUCGUCAUACCGUCGCCCAUCAGCCAGGUUAUAACCGGGAGCCAAGGUCUGUAUCAAGUACUCAAUAUCCAAAAGAAAGCCAUGCACGUCAAAGAAUUCAAGCAGUUGGCCGAAAGUUCGAAGUUCAAAACCCCUAAUCAUUUCGACUACGAAGACUUGGAGAGGAAGUAUUGGAAAAACUUAACCUACAAUUCUCCGAUUUACGGAGCCGACGUCUCCGGUUCCAUCUACGAUAAGGGUGUGGAUGAGUUUAAUAUCCAGCAUCUGAAUACCAUACUGGAUAUGAUAAAAGAAGACUACGAUAUCCAAAUAGACGGCGUCAACACCGCAUAUUUGUACUUCGGCAUGUGGAAGACCACGUUCGCAUGGCACACGGAAGACAUGGAUCUGUACAGCAUCAACUAUCUUCACUUUGGUGCGCCGAAGUCUUGGUAUGUUGUUCCCCCAGAGCAUGGCAGGCGUCUGGAGCGUCUGGCAAGUGGCUUCUUCCACGCAAACGCGCAAAUCUGUCCCGCGUUUCUGAGGCACAAGACCACCAUGAUUUCCCCCCACAUUCUGAAGCAGUAUUCCAUACCCUUCAGUAAGAUCACUCAAGAGCCGGGGGAAUUCAUGAUCACGUUUCCCUAUGCGUAUCAUUCGGGUUUCAAUCACGGAUUCAACUGCGCCGAAUCGACGAAUUUCGCACUCGAGCGCUGGGUGGAGUACGGGAAGAGGGCCCUGUCUUGCACUUGCCGGAACGACUGCGUGAAAAUAUGCAUGGACGUGUUCGUGCGCAAGUUUCAGCCGGAGAAAUACGAGAUAUGGAAGCUGGGGAAGGACGUGGGGUCGCAUCCGGAAGAUCCGACGCGGCAGUAUGCCGCCCCGCCGCCCAGGAAGCUGGAACUCGCCAUCGCACAUCAGAGAGAGGAGAAGAAGAAGAAGCAGGCGCACAAACUGAAGAGGCAUCCGAUAUCCAAGCCGGAGAAGUUGGAAAGGAAGGCUAAGUCGUCGCAUAAAAUGUAUCCCCUGAAGAGCGACGACGAAGAAACCGAACUGUACGACGUCCACGAGGUCAUCUCGCAGAAACAUCAGCGGAAGAAGCCGAAGAGAGACGAAGAGCCGGAGGAUUGUGUGGAGCCCGAAGACGAGGCGGCGGAGGAGUCUCGGAAAGACGAUGGGGGAAAGCUCGUGGAAGGUGACCUGGAGAUGUCCGUCGAAACCGAUCCCGAUGUCGACGCCGAUCCCGUCCCGGAAGUGGUCGACAGUCCUCCUCGGCUCACGCCAUUUUGGGAUCCGGGCGAAGGAAAAAGGAAAAGUGCCCUGGAUGAAGGGUUCGAAGACGUGAUAACCUCGGACAUUGAGCCACUCAAGUGUGAAAAUCUCGAGCCGAAAGGGAUUUUCGAAGAUUAUCCUCUCUUGAAGGAAGCUAUCAACAGUGGGACAAUGACAUUCGUGUGUUUGAAUAACCCUCCCGAUCAGCUCCGACCGCCCUCUCCGCAAUCAGUGCAGAAUGGGAACAAUACCGAAGCAUCUUUGAAAAGAAAUUUGAAAGACAACUCGCAUCCGAAAAGCUGUAAAUCAAGCAAACUUUACAACCAGACUUGGAAGUGCGAGCCCGGAACGAAUAACGUUUUGAAAAUCAAAUUGUUAGCCCCGAAAAAAGAAGAAGCGAGGGUCAUUCCUCCAACCCAUAAGAAUGUGGAACAGAGGGACGUCUCGGUACACCCUCUCGAUGAGCGGGAUGAGAAUCCCACUUCGGUUCCGACUUGUAAAAAGAUGAAACCCAUCCCCGUGCUAUCUCCUAAAGCUGUUAAACAGAACAGCAUUGUUCCUACGUCAACUCCUCCUGAAAAAUACCAGGAAGUGAUUCCCGUUUCUAUUUCUGUCACCGACGUAAAGCCCGUCCGAUGCGUUUCGCCGGACAGCCACAUUCUCCCGGACGUGCAGCCGGAAAAUCCCAAGCCGGAACCUGUUCACAGGAGGUCUCCCAGGUCCCCGAGAAGGUCUUUAGACUCCCUUCCCAAAGAUAACGUUCCCGUUGCAGCACAGACUUCGCCCAACGUAAAAGUCAAGAGAGCGGACAGUUCUCCCGACAGCUGGGCAAAGCCCCUGGAAGACGUGUGGCAACAAAAACCGCCGAACUUUCGGGCGGAAUGUGAUUUCAAUGAAAAGUUAGCCAGCAUCCCACCACAUUGUGCUAUAUGCGUCAUCUUCACCCCCAUGUACAAUAACAAGACUUUCCCCAAGGAGCCCAGCGACGUGCCUUCUUUCAGCACAGUGAAAAUGCCGGCUUUCUACUACGGAAACAUCUUGAACAGCGAGUGUUUGUUGGACACGAGCUCGCUCCUCAGACCCGACGGAACGGCGCCGCUCUUGACCUGCUCCACCUGCAAGGUCUGCGUGCAUGCCACCUGCUACGGCAUCAGCAUGCUCCCGAUCGGGCCGUGGAACUGCACGAGGUGCCUGAAGCGGGCGCACGAGGCAAAGUGCUGCCUGUGCGUGAUGAGGGGCGGCGCACUGAAGCCCACUUCGGACGGCCGGUGGGCCCACGUCGUGUGCGCCAUCCUGAUACCGGACACUUACUUCGAGAACACCUUCACCAAGUUCCCGGUGAACGUCUCGAAGAUCGACGCCAAGCGGCUGACCCUGAAGUGCAAGUACUGCCUGAAGUCCGCCCGCAAGGAGGCGAGGGGGGUCUGCGUCCAGUGCCAGUCCGGCAGGUGCUAUCUGCCCUAUCACGUGACCUGCGGGUUCAUGGCCGGGGUCAUCUUCGAGGCCAAUAACUGGCCGGAGCCGAUCCGCAUGAUCUGCACGAAGCACGCCGCGGCCAGACGCAAGCCCGCCAAGAGGGAGCUCACGAACGUGAUGAUCGGGGAGAAAGUCAUCGCCAAGCACCGGAACAAGAGAUACUACUGGGCGAACGUGACGAAGAAAUACCGCAAGGACUACUACUCCAUCACCUUCGAGGACAACUCCCACUCCUCCAACACCCUGCCCGAGGACAUAGUCAGCAGGAACGUGAGCUUGCAGGGACCGCCCCAGAUAAACGAGAAGGUCAAGGUGAAAUGGACGGACGACAAGAUAUACAACGGCAUCUUCAAGGGAUCUCAGGCCAUCGAGCUGUAUGUGAUAGAAUUCGACGACGGCUCGGAGCUGCACCUGGAGCGGCAGCAGAUCUACGCCGCCGACGAGGAGCUGCCGAAGGAGGUCCAAUCGAAAAUGUCCCACUCGAGCGACACGAAGCUCCACGAUUUCGAAUCGGAGACGAACGGGAAGAGAAUCAGAGUCAUCAACCAAAAAUACAGUUAG